AUGUAUAUUGAAAAUUCCAUAAAUGAAAAGUAUAUCAGAUCCUUGAAUCUCGGCUGCUUCCCCAAGAAUGUUUUGAAUUUUCAAGAAAGCCAAGACUAUUUUCAACAGUUGAUUUUCAUAGACUACCAAUUACAAUUGCUUAUUCAAAAUGAAUUGAACAAUAAAGAAUUAGUCACAAUUAAUGACUUCCAGCGACUCCAGAAAGAUGCCAGAAGUAAUGAUCCAAAGGGAAAAUUAAUCCAAUUGAUCAACUAUACAAAUUCAAUACACCUCAAUUACCAACAUGAAACUAAUAGUAGAACAUACGAGGAGAAUCUAUACUAUAUAAAUUUGAUGGCCAACCUAUUGUAUUUGGAUGGCAAUUUACCAGAGAUGAAUAGACUUCUUUCUUCCAUAACUGUUAGUCAUCAAGUCAACAAGACGUCACAACAUGCUAAUGUCUCGCAAAAUGUGUUGGAGUUUAUUCAAUACCUCACAUGUAGGUAUUAUGUGCUACUUGGAUUGAGCUUGUCCAACCACAGCACCAGCACUAGCAACAAUAAUAGCAAUAGCAACAACACACAGGUGUGGUUUGAUUACCUUGCAAAGUUUAACAAACCGUUUUCCAAGUCUCAGGUUGUAGCUAACCAUUGGCUUGAUUUGAUGUUUCGCAAAUUGGCACUUGCAGUUUCGCAAAACGGUACCAUUCCUUUAUCAUUCACAAGUCAAGUGAGCAAUUUACCAUUUUUCAAAAACAAGUUAUCGGCAAUUGCGUUUUCCAAUUUUCUUUUGAGGCCAGAGAAUUUGAGAUUGACAAACAAGUCAUUUAAAUCCGAUUACGCAUCAUAUUUAACUAUUGAUAUCAAUGAGUGCAUCCACCUGCAGAUCCAGUUCCCGAAUGCCAGCGAUACAAACACACAAGUCAAUGAUUUUAUCAAUAAUCUUUAUGAAACAAUGAGCUAUGUCCCGUUCAACUUGGCCAUUUUCAAACCUUCGUUGUCAAAGUCGUUUCUUGUUGAUGCAACUAAAAAGACAUACCAAAGUAGAAUUGUUUUAUCGAAUUUAAUCUACACAUUGAUUGACUUGAAUGAGUAUGAUGAGGCUUUGGUUGCAUUCAAGACGUAUAUUGCGUAUUUGGAGAAGGAUGAAGAACAAAAAGAUGGAUACAUUGAAGAUAUCUUGGCUAUUAUUGAUACGUAUAGUACAUGCAUCAUACAUUUCAACCCAUUGAAAUCUUUCAAGAAUCAUAAAAAGUUUAAAUAUAGCGAUGAGCAAUUUGUUGUGAAUGAAUUGCAUGAGUUUGCCAAGAGCUUGAAACGGUACAUGGACAAAUUGGCCGAGUUGAUUGAUUUGACGUAUGACGAUGAAAACUAUGCCGGAGAUCGCAAUCCAUUGUCAUUUUUGUACAGAAAGUAUAAUUUAAAUGUGUUGCAAUCAGACCAUUCGCAAUUUAUUGAGUUGAUAUCAAAAGCAUGGCACUCAUUAGGGUACUACCAUUAUUACUUUGCAGUUGAGCAAUCAGCAAAUCAGAAAAUUUUGGAUGGACAUGUGCGCGAAGUUAUGAGAAACUACAAAAAUUCUUUGAUUGUUAACUCUACGGGUAAUGUGCUUUAUUUAUUCACAUAUGCGCUUGCAUUGGCCAACUCUGGUGAAUUAAAGUCUUCAUUAAAGCUUUGUAAACUUAUAUUGAAGAAGUAUCCAGAAUCAUUCAAGACUUGGAAUUUGCUCGUGUUGUUAAUUUCAUCAUUUAACAAUGACAAUGCGGAAGUUAUCAAACCAGCUGGUGCUCAUAGUAAUAUCUUACCGGACAAUUUAUUGAGUGAUGAGGAAAAAUAUAAUGGCGUGGCCAAUCUCGAUCAAAAGGUUGAUUCCUAUGUUGCACCAACACCAGAAAUCAGGGAACCUGAAAAGUUUAUCAACAAGGCAUUGAACAUUUCAGGAUUGUACAUUUUGAAACAUCAGCAAAAAGAUAUCAAGUUGACUACUGAUGCUAAGUAUGAGAUUUUACAGUUGAAAAUGACUCAGUUGGCAGUUUUGGAAUCCAUCCAUGGUCCUCAAUAUAUGAUUGACUACAUAUCAGAAGUAUUUGUGUUGUUUCAUGAAUUAUUCGAUGUGAAGCUAGCUUCAAAUCUGGCUAACACAAGCUCAUCGAGACAGUAUGGUUCUGGAGAGAAAUGGUCACAUAGACCAAGUGUCAUUGACCCCAAGGUAGCCAAUGGUGUCAGUACUUCUACCCCAACUCCAAUCCCAAUGCAACCAGAGUCGAAACAGAGUCAAAACCAAAAACAAGGAGACAAAGAAAGUAGUGAUACUGGUUUUAAUCCACCACGGGCUGCAUCACCCGAUGUUGUAUCGGAACACAAGUUGGAGCGUGUUCAAACUUCUAAAAGAUCCAAUGCAGUUGAUAAGUUGAAAAGAUUUUCCAAGCUUCCUAUGAAGGAAGUCAAGGAUGCAAUGAUUGUCAGGAGAGAUUCAGUGGCGUCAUAUGGUUCCAAUGACUCUGGUCCACGUCAUAUCCGUAAACCGGAUUUCAUGAAACGUGGUGGUGGAACUUCAUCACCGCCACCACCAUCGCAACGAUUUGCAACUACGGGAACCGAUGCCACCGCCUAUAAUGACAAAACAACAACAACAACAACAACAGCAACAGCAGCAGCAGCAGCAACAUCAAAACCGAAAACAAUAUUGGCAAAUGCUAAUGGUACUGGUGCUGGUAAUUCCCCUCUAGGUGCCUCUCGCUCUAAUGCAACUUCUGCUCCAGCACAUCGUCAUGAUAACUUGAUUGAGCGAAAACUAUUGCAGGAAAUUUGGUUAUGGACUGCACGCAUUUUCUUGAAAGUUGGGUUACUAGAUGAAUGUGAGCAAAGUAUAAUUGAAGCAGAGUUGGUUUACGAACCUAAUUACAAGACAUUCAUUGCCACAGGCAAUCUUCACUCCAAGAGCAAGAAAUUCCUCGCUUUACUGGAAUUUGAAAGAUCCUUGGAAAUACUUGAUAAAAAUUAUAAAUUCAACAAAAUUGAUUAUGGCUACGCCAUUUUGGGCUUGGCGAAAUUGGUUCUUGUUGAUGACAAAUUGAGCAAUAGUUUAUUUAUUUCCACGAGAGAUAUGGAUGCAGCAAUUAUUAGGUUGAAAAAUUUGCUUGAACAAUAUUCGAUUAGUUGGCCAUAUGGAGUGAAUAACCCUGAAGUUUGGUUUUACCUUUCCAAAAUUUACGAAAUUAUUGAUGACAAGAUCUUGUUGACCAAGAGUUUAUGGAAAUGUAUUGAGUUGGAAGAUGUGAGACCUGUUAGAGCUUUUGAAAUUUGUAAUUUCAGUAUUUAA